GACUGCCGACUGAUGCAAAAGAUCGCUUUUGUUUACGUCCCGUGCAGCUCCUUCCUUGUCGCUCUCAUGGGGCAUGGGGCAAAGCUACUUGACGCCUUGACGGUUACAUAUUCAGGCUGACUCUGCCGACGGAAGAGUGGACCUUACCCGAAACCAAGAAAGCGGCUCCGUUCAAAAAACGCGCGAUUGGUGGAGUUCAAUCAGUAAUUCUUUUUGAGCAGUGCUCUAUCAAACAGCAGUCGUUGUCAGUGUGGUCAACCUGUAUAAACACGAGCAAGCAGAAGCAGCGCGAGGACUAGCCGGCUCGUUUAACCCGUUCAACACACCAGUGACAGUCAAGUAAAGAUGGAGAAAACUAAUUUAAGCAAGGAAAAUGGCAGACCCGGACCUUGAUGAGACCCUACCGACUACUCAAGGUAGCACUCAGCCAGUUAGUCAAGAUCCCGGUACCGAUAACUCUCCUAAGGAUGUACUAAGUCCGGUCAGUCAGACGUAUUGGGGUAGAUUGUGCCCACUCUCACGUCGGUUAAAACAUCACGAUUUGGUGGAGAGCUCAAUAACAUUUGGGACAAAAUCUUCUAAUACUAUUGUUAUUCAUGAAGGACUUGUAGAUAAAGACUACUUCAAGUACCUGGACUCAGUACACUUUCGUAUUGAAAGGGAUUCGAUUUUGAUAAAAGGCAGUAAUAACUUCAGGAGACCCAAAGUUGACAUUCAUGACUUGAGUCGUCAUGGUCUUUUUAUUAAUGGUUACAAAGUGGGUAGUGGACCUAGAUCAAUAUCUACACCUACCAAGUCUGGCUCUUCCUCCACAGAACUAAAAAACAAUGAUUUGAUUUCACUGCCAACCAAUAAAAAUGGAAUAUAUGAUAAGAAAUUUGAUGCCUACAUCUUUAUAGAUAGUUACGCUCCAAUUCCUUCUCACUUUCCCAAGUCAGUUGUUGAACAAUAUCAUGUAUCACUCAAACUAGGUGCAGGUGCCUUUGGUGAAGUUCAUCUCACAUCCAAUAAGGCCACUGGACAAACCUCCGCUAUGAAAGCAAUUGUACAGUCUUUCGCACCGGAUUUUAAUUCAGUGGAUAAACAACGUUGCAGUAACAAAUUAUUGAAUGAACUUGAGAUUCUCAGAACUUUAGAUCAUCCAAAUGUUAUAAAGCUAAACAACUCAAUUCUCCACAAAAACGAAUGUUUUGUGUUUCUUGAAUACAUGGAAGGAAGUGAUUUAGCUGAAAGAAUUUCCAAGUUAGGGAGACUUCCAGAACACAUCACUAAAAUUUUGUUUUAUCAAAUUUGCUUAGGAGUGCAGUACCUACAUUCCAAUAGAAUAAUUCAUCGUGACAUAAAGCCAGCUAAUGUACUUUUGGCAUCAAGAAGGAGCGAAACUUUGGCAAAGCUGACUGACUUUGGACUGUCAAAAGUUUUGAGAUCCACAGAGAAUAUGCGAACACUUUGUGGAACGAGAUUGUAUGCCGCCCCCGAGUUGCUGUCAUGCAAGAAUGAAGGAAAAUACACAGCUCAGGUGGAUAUAUGGAGUUUGGGAGUUCUACUCUUUGUUUGCCUUUCUGGAGAUGAUCCAUUUGCCACAGAGCCCCACUUAAUUGAAAAGCACAUUAUGAUAGCCCUGUAUGUUAUGACUCCUGAUGUGUGGAAGAAUGUGUCAGUUGUUGCAAAGAACCUUGUGGAUUCGAUGUUAAUAAUUGAUCCGCUAGAGAGAAUCAGACUGACUGACCUUCUAAAGGAUGAAUGGUUUCAGGAUGCUAACCUGCAUGUGAAAUUAAAGACAUUGUAUGAAUUUUAUGGCCAUCCAUUACCAGAAUACAAUCUGAAAUCAACAAUACACAACCCACACAAAAAAAUCAAAACCCAAUUGAAUGAAUUUUAAUGUAUUUUUUUUUACAUUUCUUUUCAGUUUAUUAAAGUGAUUCUAAUUUGUGAUAAAACUAUAUAUUUUCCACUCAA